GGAAAUCCUUCCUGUUGUCAAGAUUAUAGGAAUAUUUCAGGAGAGUGCAUAGCUUGUAUAGGUACCUUUGGAAAGAAUUGCUCCAAUCCAUGUAUGUUCGGGUACUACGGACAUGGAUGCCGUGAGCAGUGUAAUUGUAGACGAAAUCAGACGUGUGACAGAGAAAGAGGGUGUAUUGCUCCUAAUACCUCAUAUUCUACACAGAACAACAGUAUGGAACUUUAUACAAGCAGUAGUUUACAAAUGAUAAUACUUAUUACAUGUGGUGUCCUUAUCUUUUUCGUUUUGGGGGCAGUAUACAACCUGAGGAGGCAAUUAAAAAAAGAAAACGAAACAAUAGCAAAUAUUGAGGUUACAGGUAUGAGGUCUUCAUUUUCAGCGAAUGCAUGUUUAGUACAAGAGGGAGGAGAUGAUAUCUACAGCAAAGUAAAAGAAUCAACAAUGAUUGAAAAUACAGGUGUCACUGAACCUGAAAAAGAUGGAAAGCUUGAAAAGAACAGAUCUAUGAUGACAAAAAUGUACAGGAACUUAGCUUGGAAAUCUGGAGAGAACCGACCACAACUUUUCCGUCCUUACAGCUUUGUUAAGUUCCACUGUCAAGUAGAGCAGGAAGAUAAUGUAAUCAAUAAAGGAUGA